GCCACGGGUGAUUUCUCAGGCCAUCCCUGAUGAAGACCAGGCUUAUCUGAAGAAGCUCGGCCACGUGAAGAUGUACGAUGGUGGGAUGGACCACGUCGUCCAAGGUGCCUUCAUGUUGAUGGAGAACAACAGGAGGCAACAAAAAGAGAUUGCCCGUCUGAGGCAAUUUGAGCAGAAGGUUGCCUCAGCCGAUGAGGCGCUAGGCAGCUUAGAGAGGCUGCGUCUUGAGGUUGAGGGCCUUAAGAAGAGGGCCGACGAGGCCGACCAGUUGGCCGCUGAGAAGGAGGGGGCUCUCCAGCGCUUGGCCGACGUGGAGCGUGCCCGCGAUGAGGCCCUUCAGCGCGCCGAGGAGGCCGAGAAGGGCAAGGCUAGUGCAGAGUUGGCUCUCGUCGCUGCCGAGGAGAAAGCCGCUGAUGCCGCUGUGCAGAAGUUUAUUGAAGUCGGUUGGAAGGACGAGGGCCGGCUUCCAUUCUGUUUUGAGGUCGUGGCGGCCAGACUCGUUGACUGGGUGAACCAAUCCCCCGACGGCCAGGCCUAUUGGGAGAAGGAGAUGAAGGUCUUUUAUGACCUUGGCCAAUACCGGAUGCAACGGUUGUUGUACAGGAGGCUGCAACGGCGUUUCAUGGAUAUCGGUGUGUCCAAAGAGUGGGCCUUCGGCCUCGAGUUGCCUCCUUUGAUGAAGCAUCCUGAGGCAGAGUUGGAGCUUCCGGUGGCCGAGCGGCAGCUCCCUAUUGAGAGCUCACGCAUCAGCGAUGACUGGGCGUAUGAGCGGAGCAUGUUCGAAGAUACUGCCACGUCGGCUGCCCCUGCCGGUACAUCUGUUGUCACGGCCGAGGGGGGUCCUGAGGCCGAGAAAGACUCUGAAGCCCCUCCAGAGGUCUGAUCCUUUGUAGUUUUAUCUUUCUUUGUGCUAUGUAACGGCCUAGAAGCCCUCCUUGUACUCAAUUUAUAUUGAAUGGAAAUGUUUUCGUAGUACUUGCUGUCUGCGUCGUCGUCUCGUUUACUGUUAUGUCUAAGUACUUUGGAGUUUAGGACUUAGGAAAAUCUACCAAGUAUCGGAACCUCGAGUGGGUGGGUGUUCUCAUCGUCUUGAUGUGACACCCCCUUUGCACUGUUAAUCAUGUGUUCUAAGAAAUUUCCUAAGUGUUGAACCGAUGUUGACGUUGUCAGCCCAGUGUCCUUUGUGGCCGUUGUGUCCCCUUGUUUUUG